AUGGCAACCUCAACGACAGCAGCACCGAACUCCUUUCCCUUCACGCGUCUUCCUGGGGAGCUUCGCAACCAGAUCUGGCAAUUGGCUCUCUCCGACCCUGCCCACUCACUGCCACAACUCUGCUUCUACAAUCAGGGCUGCUGGGAUCCGCAACAACCUCCCGACGAGGAUGCGGAAUUUCAUCCCCACAAUGACGAGAUGAAGGUGACACUCGCAUUUUUCCAUGAUCGCCUGGACCCGAUCCUCGUGGAGGUGCCACUAUUUUUUGUCAACCGUGAAGCGCGGAGUUUCGCGCUAGCUUGGAUCCACGAACAUGGCAUACAAAUCCGCUUUGAUAAGCACACCCAAUCCCUGUAUUUUGUCCCCCUUGUGGACCCAAGACGGGAUGUAUUAUAUAUCCCCAAGGAGCAGUUUGAUGACUUUCUGUUUGAUCCUUCGUGUCGACUGGUUGAACUUGAACUAGGUGAUUGGGAUUAUAGUUUUGCUGCGCCUGAAAUUACGCGGCUAGCUCUCCCUGCUACGGUAUUAUGGGAACCAGAGAUAGAUACCCUACGCAGAGCUCUAGAAUAUUUCCCUCGAGUGAAAGAUGUUUUUGUAAUUUUUCAGGCGCGGUCUGAGGGGUUUUGGAGUGAGGGACAUGAGGCUAGGUUGCGGCAGCGUUGGGUAUUGGAGGACGUGCCAGGUCUAAAGGGGCCGAUAUUCAUUCGGGAUGAGGCUGCUGACGAGGAAUAUUGUAUGGAUCCGCCAAAAGCCUUGGGUAAUUACGGUUUCAAUUAUCUCUUCGGUAAUGCUUACCUUGCUAUCGGCACCUUUCAAGUUGAGCGCUUCGAGAUGCAGCAUGCCGUUGCCGUGAGGAGGCUCUAG